UUUCGCCGCCCGCCGGUCCCUUUAAACCCUCUUUUAGCCGCGAGUUGGGAGGAGACGGAGGGAGGCUGGAAGGCGGCAGCGGGGGCGCCCCUUGUGCCGCUUGCUUCUCGGAGCGCUGUGCGCGGCUUCUUCGCCCGAGUCUCUCCGGCCGUCCUUCCGCCCUGACUCAGAGGCCGCUAAAGGAGGAGGACCGAGACGGGAGCCCCCCCACCCCACCGUCCAUGCCUCUCCAAGCCGGCUAUGUCUCAACAAAGAGGUGAUGGGAGGAUCCGGCAUGGCAUGGCCAGAGAUAAAUGUCGCUUAUAUUUUUAAUUCUGCUCAACCCGAAGUUCAAAGCAUAAAUGCUUGGAAAUCAAACCUGCUGUAGUAAGGCUGGUGACUAUCCAAGUGGAAUGGAACAGUCAUGAAUGGCGAUGCUCUUUGUCAAGAACCUCCCUCCCAGCUUCCCGACUGGCGGGAAUUCUGCGAGCUCCACGCCCAGGCUGCUGCUGUGGACUUUGCUCAGAAGUUCUGCCAGUUCCUGAAGGAAAAUCCCCACUACGACACCCCCGGAGCCGAGACUUCCUUCUCUCAUCAUUUUGCAGCAAACUUCUUGGACAUCUUCAGCCUGGAGGUCAACAGGGUGUUUGUGUCCAAUUCCCCGACGAAGUAUAACAUUGUCCCAUUUGUGGGCCUUCAGAACUGCCACAUGCCUUACGGGCGGGAUCUCUUGCCCCGAAAAGAGCAGACGUCCGUGGAGUCUCUAGACAGCAUGGACCACACGCUCACCUCCAGCAGGUACUUGAGCCAAACCCAACAGGCUCAGGCAAGAAAAGUCUCCUCCUACGGCCAAUCCCGGAGCUCCGAAGAUGUCUCUGUCCACAGUUCUUCUAAGACGAAAUUCAAGAAAGGUUUUUCUCUGAGGAACAUGAGCUUGUGCGUGGUGGAUGGCAUGAAGGAGAUGUGGCAUCGGAGGUCUUCCCCCGAGCCAGGCGCAGAAGCCGUGCAGAGCAAACAGUCUGAGAGGGAGCACUGCCCUCCUGUUAGCAAAGAACAUAGCGAGAAAUGGACCCACAAACUCUGGCUUUCCAAGGGCCAAUCGUCUAAAGUGGACUUAGUGGACAUUCAGAGAGAGGGAACCCUUCGUUACAUGGUUGCCGACGACACAAACUGUGUGGGUAGCUCUCAGUGGCAAAAAUGCCGUUUGCUGCUAAGGAAAGCAGUAAAGAUGGAAGGGGAAAGGUUCCUUCUUGAAUUCUACGUUCCUCCUAAGGCUUCCAAAGCGAAGGUCAGCAUCCCUCUCUCGGCUAUUAUUGAGGUGCGCACAACUAUGCCAUUGGAGAUGCCAGACAAAGAUAACACCUUUGUGCUGAAGGUAGAAAAUGGAGCUGAAUAUAUCCUUGAAACAAUAGAUUCGUUGCAGAAACAUUCCUGGGUGGCAGAUAUACAAGAUUGCAUAGAUCCUGGUGUUCAGCAUACAGCUGCAGAAACUCACUGGUGCAGCACCAUCCACUGUCCAAACGCCCACUCUUCUCUUCUUUCCAGGGACAGUGGUGAUGACAUUGAACUCUCUUCCUGUACCCAAGGAGCUUGCCUGCCAAGCAGAGUGUCAUCUUGUAGCUGUGAGUUCCUGGCUGAUGAUGUGACCCGGUGCCAGGACAGAUGUGCUGGCUCAACUGCCUCAGAUAGCAUAUCAAAUGCUACCACAAUUGUAACAGCACCACAUGGCAGGAUCUCUGCAGGGGAAUAUAGAGCACAUGUGCCAUUAGAGAACUUCCUGCAGACACUGGAGUCUCCAGCCAAUAGCAGUCACACAACAGGAGAUGAAAAUGAGCUGGAAGCAGAAAUCAAUCUCUUGGAGUUCCCUUGGUUCCAUGGGACACUAUCGCGGGUUAAAGCAGCCCAGCUAGUACUCUUUGGUGGAGUCAAAAGCCAUGGAUUAUUUGUCAUUCGGCAGAGCGAAACACGGCCUGGUGAAUAUGUGCUGACCUUUAACUUCCAGGGAAAAGCCAAGCACCUGCGUUUGUCCUUAAAUGAAAAUGGUCAGUGCCACGUCCAACAUCUUUGGUUCCAGAGUAUUUUUGAUAUGCUGCGGCAUUUUCAUAUGCAUCCCAUCCCAUUGGAGUCAGGUGGUUCUGCUGACAUAACCCUCCGCAGCUUUGUAAUGGCCCAGAGUCCACUGCCAGAGCUCGCUCAAUCUCCAGCAGUAGCUUCCCAGCAGCCUGCUUGCAGAAAUGACCUCCAGUCUCAACAUUACUUUUCCAGCUUCGUUCCAGUCACUUUCCAGCCAGCAUCUCCAUCAGAGGGCACUACAUCUUCCUCUUCUUCCUCAGCCAGCCAUUCACUUUACCAUAGGAUGGAAGGGACUCUGAAUGCCCGAAGCCGAAGUAACAGCACAGAGCGGUUGUUUGAUUCGGCUGCUGUUGGCACAGAAGAUUACCAUGAAAGUGAAGGUUCACGCAACAGAACCAGAGCAGUUGAAAACCAAUACUCUUUCUACUGACUUCGCUGAUGGGGUGGUUUUCAGUGUAUGCCUCUCACUUGGAUCAGCAAUUUUGGAGAAUUGAAAAGCUUGUUGAGGUCUUCAUCUCCUUGUUGGCUACUUCUAUAUUGCAUCUAUUAUUGCUUUUCUCCAGGCCUGUGAAUAUGUGUACAAUACCUUCUCACAUUCUUUCAUAAUAAAAAGUAAAGAUAGUCCUUCCUAUUCCUGAAGAGGUACAGUGGUGGUCACCAUACAUCUACAAAACUUCAGAGUGAAACACAAUCUUUCUCUUUUACUUGGGUCCAGGAGCACAAUCUAGAAUUAUGGGGAAAAAACUGCAUCUGCAUGGAGUCAGGUCAUUUCACUUGUUUGUUUUUUUUUUUUUUUUUUUCUAUUUUGGCUUCCUGAAUUUGGAUGAAAUCAGAAAAUUAGAACCAGGAAAUGUUGAUUUAAAAAGUGAACUGAAGCUGGGCAAUUGUAGAUAAUUGUUGCUAAGACUUCAUAUUGCCCUAUAAUCAGCAAUGUCGAGAUGUGAACUUUGAGGCCAAUGGAAUGGAAUGGAAUGGAAUGACUAGCAAAAGUGAUUUUCUUGUAUACAUCCUGUAAAUUGUUUGCUCUGUUCAUUUUUUUUAAUCGUAUACUCAUCCCGUAUUUUACAUUUUUGCAAACAAAAUGGUAAGUGUCUGAAGUGUAGUUGCUGCCUAACCUGCUGUAAGAACAGAGGUCUAUCUACAUCAAGUGUGUAUGAAAAGUAACACCUCUCAAAAAAUCAGCACCACUUAUUGCCUUUCAGUGUUGAUGGAUUAUAGUUAAUAUCUUGAUUCCACUUCAGAUAGUUUACUCUUACUUUGCAAUACUGUACUUCACAAGACAUGUUACAAUUUUUUUCCCACUUAUUGAAAUUCAUAUUGAUUGGGGGAAAGAGGAUCUGAAGGCUUCUGGUUUUACAAUUGGUACAGAUGUUAUUUCUGGACAGAUAACAAUCUAUUAUCCCACAACAAAGCCACAUGUUGCUUAAAGUUCUUUAUAAGUUUCUGUUUGCUGAUAACAAUCUAGCAUUUGCAUUAAAUAUGAUUUAAAAGAAUUGAUCUUCACUAUAAUCAUAUUGAAAAUGGGCAGCUUCUCUUUUGUAGCAUGUAACUUCCCUUUAGUAACAUCUCUUCAGUAUCUUGUGAAAGCAUUCAGUUGCAACUUAAUUUGAGUAACUUUCGUUAUUGUAUUUUCUAUAUGAUUUGAAGAAAAAUGUAAAGUUGGUAAGUGCAUAACACUGCCUUUUAAUUUUAAUUUGGCAUUAAUGAAAUGGCAGUCGUUUCAAUUAAAAAAGAAUCCCUAAACAUCUUUUGAACUGAACUGAAAAAUAAUGAGUUUACAUGAAAAACUUUGAAAUAUACUCUUCAAAAAAAAACAAAAAAAAAACCGGCACGGAGCUCUGAAAUUCUAUGAACUGAGAGCCAUAGGAAAAAAAAUCAGUUUGAUAUUUUAGAUAUAUUUUGGAAGCUCCUGAUGUAUUCCAUCACUUAAUCUUAAAGAAUGAAAUUUGCUUGUAACAAAGAGAUGGAAAAAUGUAGCUAUUUUCCAAUAAAUCUAUAGUUCGCUAGUUUACAGAAUUUUCCUGAUUGAUUUACAUGAAAAUGAUUACACAGUUCUGUAUUAAUAUAAUACUUCAAUGUCAAACUCACUAAAGUAUUAGGAAAAAAGUUUAAAGGCAAAAUGUAAUGUAAAAAAAUAUUUUAUAAAAUACAGAAAAUAAACCAGAAAACUGCAUCCACUUGAGUUGCAACAUAUAAACUCUGCAACCAUUUGAAUUGCCAAGGAAUAGAAAUUGGUCAUGGGGAGGAAAUCACUAUGCUGCCCUAAGACUUGUUCUUAACACUGAAAUUCUUUUCAAAUCAUAGUAGAGAACAUUCAUUCAGAACAUAACUAGUGCAAUGUUUUUUGACUAAGCACUAUAUUCAAUACAGUAUUUUUUUGUAUUGCAGACUAAGUCACUGUUAAUAGUUCACAAAUUAAAAGGUUCAAGAGACUGCCUAAGACUGCUAGACCUAAUUGCAAAGCUAGUAAAUUUAUGCCCUGAAUGUUCAAACAAAGUUGUCACUGGCAAACAGCUAGACAGAAAAGUUAAACAUGCUCAGAUACAAAAUGUAUGUUGUGAGUUUUUUCAUAUAGGUUUUAUAUUGUACACUCCCUGUGAACUUCAGUUGUAAGCAAAUUCCUGAGAAUGGAGUAUUUGAAGAACUGAGAUUUAUUGUUGGAGCUGGAAUGAAAUCUGUGAGGGAUGUUGGGAAUUUUAAUUCAAUAACAUCUGGAAGGCUAUAGGUUCUGCAACUUUGGCCUAAAAUAAACCAAAUUAAUUUGAUUUUUAA